GAGGAGUGAGUAGAAUUCCAUAGGCAGUGUGAGUUUUGUCUGCUGGUUUGAUUUGCUGUUUUCCUCAAAAAUACCGAGUCAACCCUCGCCUUUCCUUUCUUCCCAGAAAAACCCUAAAAUCCCCAUUUAUUCACACGUUCUAAAUUGUAUUUAUUCAUAUAAUUAAAAUUUUGCUUAGUCAAAUUCAUACAAACUCCAUAUUGAUUCAUCGUUUUUUUUUUUUUUUUUUUUUUUUUUAAAAUUUUUUGAAUCUAAAAUGUCAUCGGAGAUCGAGGUGGUUGAAGAGGAAAUGGAAUCAAGAAAUGGUGAAUCGUCUUCUUCUAAUAAUAAUAAUAACACGGCCGCGGUGGGUAGCGGUGGCGGCGGUGUUAUUGUUGAGGAGGAGAGUUUGAGGAACGAUGUGUAUACGGCAGCUGCGUAUGGGGAUAUGGAGAAGCUACAGAGAUUGGUGGAAAGUGAGGGUUGUUCUGUAUCUGAACCUGAUGGUCUUGGUUAUUAUGCCCUUCAGUGGGCUGCUCUUAAUAAUCGUACUGCAGCUGCUCAAUAUAUUAUUGAGCACGGAGGAGAUGUAAAUGCUGCAGAUCAUACAGGGCAAACAGCAUUGCACUGGAGUGCUGUUCGAGGUGCAGUGCAGGUUGCUGAGCUCUUAUUACAAGAGGGUGCUCGUGUAAAUGCUGCCGAUAUGUAUGGCUAUCAGCCAACGCAUGUUGCCGCACAGUAUGGUCAGACAGCUUUCCUUUAUUACGUUGUUACAAAGUGGAAUGCUGAUCCUGAUGUACCUGACAGUGAUGGGAGAAGCCCUUUACACUGGGCUGCAUACAAGGGUUUUGCUGACUGUAUACGCCUGCUACUCUUUCUUGAUGCAUAUCGUGGACGCCAGGAUAAAGAGGGUUGUACUCCUCUUCAUUGGUCUGCUAUUAGAGGUCACCUAGAAGCAUGUACGGUGUUGGUGCAGGCAGGGAAGAAGGAAGACCUUAUUGUGACAGAUAACACUGGGCUUACACCUGCUCAGCUUGCUUCUGACAAGAAUCACAGACAAGUUGCUUUUUUCCUUGGAAAUGCUAGGCGGUUGUAUGACAAACGCUGUGAUGGAACUACCCAGCUUGGAAAACUUUCAAAGCUUGGACUUGCUCCUAUUCUUUGUUGCACAAUAUUUAUUCUACUUACCACUUACAUUCACGCAGUAAUCAUGGCUUCAACUUUGCCUAAAUUAACUGCUGCUGGUGCACUAUUUGCAUGGUCGGGAGUUCUCCUUGCUUCUGCUGGACUAGUUACGUUUUACCGGUGCAGCAGAAAAGAUCCAGGUUUCAUCCGGAGGAGUCCACGUGAUUCACAAAAUAGUAAAGAUGAUGAACCUUUGUUGAAAAUGGAAAUGAAUCAUCCUGCUUUGCUUGCUGGGAAUUGGUCUCAGCUUUGCUCCACGUGCAAGAUUGUUCGUCCUCUUCGUGCAAAGCAUUGUUCAACCUGUGAUCGCUGUGUGGAACAAUUUGAUCAUCAUUGUCCGUGGGUGUCUAAUUGCAUCGGCAAGAAAAACAAGUGGGACUUUUUCAUCUUUCUUGUUCUCGAAGUACUGGCAAUGGUCUUAACUGGUGCAGUUACUCUUACAAGAGUCUUGACCGACCCAGCAGCUCCAUCAUCGUUUGGGGCUUGGCUGAGUCAUGCUGGUACUCACCAUAUUGGUGCUUUAGCAUUUUUAUUCACCGACUUCUUCCUUCUCAUUGGAGUGGCAGUCUUAACUGGGGUACAAGCUUCUCAGAUUUCACACAACAUUACAACAAACGAAAUGGCCAAUAUGAUGCGUUACAGUUACCUUAGAGGACCAGGUGGUAGAUUCCGGAAUCCAUAUGAUCACGGGUGUAAGAAGAACUGUUCAGAUUUCUUGAUAAACGGUUACAACGAAGACAUCGAGCGCGCUGAAGAAUCAGUUCAGUCCGAAGGGAUUGGAAUGAUGCAGAUUCCUCACAGUUCAAGUAUGCAAAAUGGCGCCGGCCAUUCUCAUCAAAUCAAUGGAAAUGGCCAUCAUGUUAUCAAUAUAAGCAACAGUAACCAAAACUCACACCAGAGCCAUGUUCAUUCUGCAAAUUGUAGUCAUAAUGUGAAGAGCAAAACUGAUUCUGUACCUGUGGGUUUGGGUGUUGGCUUAGGAAGAAACUCAACGCGUAACGUGCUACCUUCAUAACUAGUGUGCCAUUAGGCUUUAUGGGUAUUUAGAAUCCCUUCUUUUUGACCUUUUUAUUGUUUAUAUGUAAGCAUACAGUAAUUUAGAGCUUAAGUAAUUCAAUUGGAUUACCAUUUGUUUCCUCCCCAAAAGUCCUACUUCAUACUAUGCAACUUCUAUAGUUUAUAGUGUACUUUGUACAAAGUUGUGAUUCUUUUGCAGAAGCACAGAAUGCCACUGAAUAUGCAGCUGUUAUUGCGCAAUAUUUUGAGAAAUUGGUUUGGUUAAAGAAUUUCUUGCUUAAUA